AAGAAGAAGAAUAUUAAUAAUAAGAAGAAGUGUGUAAAUAAGACAAGAGAGAAGAGAAGGAGACCCAGAAAGGAAUGAAGAGAAAGAGUUUUAUGAAUUGCUGAUUCAUUCGUGAAAGUGUGUGGUACAAACAAAAGAACGAGGAGAGACAGUGAGACAAGGAGUUUAGGUUGAGGAGGAAUAUGAAGAUACAGAGAUUGAAGAGAACAAGAUGGAGAGGAGAAGGAGGAGUAAGAAGAAAUACAUUAGAAUUGAAGAAUGAGAAGAGAAGGAUGAGCAAGAGGAGAAGAAGAGGAGUGAGGGAUGACUAUAGAAGAUGAUAAAACCAGAGAUGAACUAAAACUCUUAAGAGAUGAACUAACUAUAAAACGGUUUCUCUAUGAUGAAACUCAUGGUGGAGUAUUUGGUCGGAUUAUUUGUGAGUAGGGGUGAAGAGAAUGGUGAACAACAAGUAGUGAGAAAAAUAGAAAGUGUGAGUAUUACAUUAUACAAACAUUUCCGCCAAGCUUCUGAGGACGAUGGACCAGCACCACUUUGAAAAAUGUGGGAAAAGGGUUAUCUUUGUACGAUCCCUUUUUGGGAUGAAAAAGGGUUAAAAAUUAGAAACGAGGAGGACAAAGAUGAAUAAAUGAAUGAAUUGGGGAUGAGGGUGGAGACAAUACUCUUAAGAAAAAGGAUGCAGGACGAGCAGAAGUGAAAGGAGGAGAUUUAAGAAGACAAGAAGUAUAAAAUGAAUAGGUUAAAAAACAGAAAUCAUGAUGACAGAGGGAAUCAAAGUAAACAUCGAUGGAGAAGAAUGUGAUGUUAUUAUAUCUUGACGCAGUGAAUGUAGAUUGGAAGAGAUGUUUAUUUUUUUUUAAGAAUAAUUUAUUUCUAUUAAUUCACAUCAGAUUAGAAGGAAAAUGAGAAAAUGAGGAGGAAGAAUAAGUAGAAAAACGGUUGAGGACUAGAAGAGAGUCCCAGUCACCCUUAAUGUGUCACUCCCACCCCCUUCUUGACUCACCCUCUCUCAAUAUUAAAGUUGCGUGGGAUGAUUGUGAGUCUGCGCACACGUGCCCAGUUUUCCGGCCAGUGAAAAGCGGCGCUCAGUUAGUUUUCCGAAAGCGGUGUGCGCGGUUUGCGGCUUUUCCAUCUGAUGCCACGAGAAAUGUCACUCGUGAACCUGUCCACCCUGCUCAACCAGACUGUCGAUGACGAGGGCGGUGGUGGAGGGGUAGGGGUCAACUCACCCCCCUCACCCACAACCCCACAGUUCGAAGACAUCUUCACCGACCCGUGGCUCGCGACGAAACUGCUCAUCUUGUGUGUAUUCAUUUUGCUGACAGUGUGUGGCAACCUGCUGGUGAUUGUGAGUGUGGUGCCUAGCCACCACCUACGCACGCCCACGCACUCGCUCAUUGUGAACCUGGCAGUCGCCGACCUACUGCUUGGCAUCACUGUGCUGCCACUCUCCGCCACCCGCGAGAUACAAGGAGGCGCCUGGCUACUGGGCCCUGACCUGUGCUCGGUGUGGACCACCCUGGACGUGCUCUGCUGCACGGCGUCCAUCCUUUCGCUGUGCGUAAUCAGCGUGGAUCGCUAUAUCGGUGUGUCCCGGCCGCUGGCCUAUUCACGCAUCCUCACCAAACGCAGGGCGCGGUGUCUCAUAGCUGCCAUAUGGGCGCUGGCCCUGGCUAUUAGCAUAGCGCCGCCCCUGGGCUGGAGAGAAGAGCUGGCGCCCGGGGAGUGUCAUGUCAACAAGCAAUUGGGGAGUGUUCAACAGGGAGCCAGGGAGCCAGGGACUUGA